UUUGACUAAACAGAAAGAUCCGCCCCGUGCUUUCCGUCGGAGAAGCUUGGUAAGGCUGGGCAAACCUUGCCCCUAUACGAUUUGGCACCCUGCCCCUGGUCGCCCCACCCCCUGCGAGACGAAGUAAAGGCCUCAAUUUUAUCUCCUACAGCACGUUUUUGGAAUACUUUCUCAGCAACAGCAAGUUUCGCUUUUCAGUUCUGGAUGAUAUUUCGUUUCUCUUGUUGUUGUACUGCUUUGGGACGUUUCCAUAAACCUUUCUGACUGGGCACCUCGGCGAGAGUGGCGCCGUUACUUUUAGGAGAAAUACGGUGGGCGGGAUCCGGAGGUAAUCGCACUGUGCGUGGUUAUCAGACAGGCCGCCGGCACUAUACAUGUCCACGUUGUCCUUCUUUUAUCAACAAGACGUUUAUUCUGCAAAUAUCUAUGAGACAUAACAAAAGCAACUUUGGGAAAUAUACUUAAGAGAAGCACACCCUUCUUGUCCGGAAUUCAGACAGUCCGACUUUUCUCCUCUCUCAGGUGGACAGAGGCCAAGAGCCGGACACUUUACAGGCACUCCAACUUCAGUUUCAUCCCCGUGCUGGCUGCUCAUAUCAUUUGGUGACUCUUCAGUGGGGUGCCAUGGCUGCCUCCCUGGAUGAAGUGGUGGAGGCAGUUCAUGUAACCAACCUUGAUAGACCGAAGUACACUGAAGAAGACUCUUUGUGUGAGGAUGAGUUGGAUCGUCUCAGAGAGGCCACAGAUGACCGGCCAUUUUUAGUGAUUUAUCAUCUAAAGAAUUUCAGGGACAAGAACAUCCCCAUUUUCCUGAAAGGGACACCAAUCAGCUGUCGAGUUGAAAGUACAGAAAGACAUACCACCCGAUCCAAGGUCAAAAUCUGCACACUUUACACUGUGCGACUUACACAUGGUCAUUUUACUUGGACAGUAAAAAAGAAGUAUAAACACUUCCAGGAACUUCACAGAGAUGUGCAGGCUCAGAAGAUGCUGAUGACAUUUCUGCCCUUGGGGCGGUUUGCCAUUCAAAGACAACAGCUAGAAGCACUUGGUGGAGACAUGCCGACACUUCAUGGGGCAGACAGGAACCGUCGGGCAUCCAGCAAACCAAAACAUCUGGAAGUUUACCUAAAUGAACUCCUAGAGAACAGCUUCUGUAGGACUUUCAGUGGCAUGAUGGAAUUUCUAGAUGUCAGCCCACUGUCUUUCAUCAAGGACCUUGGACCAAAAGGAUUGGAAGGUUUUAUCCUGAAACGGUCAGGGGGCCACCGCAUCCAAGGAUUGAAUUGCAUUGGACACCAUCAGUUCUGCUAUCGCUGGUCACGCAGGUGGCUUGUUGUAAAGGACUCCUUCUUGCUGUAUAUGAAGCCUGAGGCAGGAAUCAUUUCCUUUGUGCUUCUGUUUGACCCAGAGCUCAAAGUUCAGGUGGGCCGACGUUUCACUGAAACCAAAUAUGGGGUCUGCAUCCAGAACUUCGCAAGAACUCUGAUCAUUAAGUGCAGCAGUUACCGACAAGCCCAGUGGUGGAGCUACGAAAUCCAGGGUUUGGCAAAACAGUAUUCUAAGGAUUUCCUCCAGACACAUCGUUUUGGUUCAUUUGUACCAAUACGCCACAACUCAUUGUGCAAAUGGUAUGUAAAUGGAUGUGGCUAUUUUGCCGAUGUGGCAGAGGCCUUGGAGCAAGCUAAGGAAGAAAUCUUCAUUACAGACUGGUGGCUAAGUCCAGAAAUUUUCCUGAAAAGGCCUGCAAAUGAUGACUAUUGGCGGCUGGAUCAGAUCCUCCAUCAUAAAGCAGAGCAAGGUGUCAAAGUCUGCAUUCUUCUUUUCAAAGAGGUGGAGCUGGCCCUUGGCAUCAACAGUGAAUAUAGUAAAAAGACUCUCAUGUCCCUUCAUCAUAACAUUAAGGUGAUGCGUCAUCCUGAUCAUGUAUCCUCCAUUGUCUUCCUCUGGGCGCAUCAUGAAAAGAUGGUAGUCAUAGAUCAGUCGGUUGCUUUUCUGGGUGGCAUUGAUCUAGCCUAUGGAAGAUGGGAUAAUCAUCACUACGAGUUGACAGACAUUGGGAACAAAACAAGCAAUGAACAAACUAUCAAGGACCCAGUAGCUGAGCUGAAUUCUGAAUCAGUUCCAAAUAAACAGCUUGACUCCACUAUUGACCUACACUGUCUAAGGGACAAUAACAAAUUGUGGCUCGGCAAAGACUACUGCAACUUUAUUGCGAAAGACUGGGUGCAGCUGGACAAGCCAUUUGAAGAUUUCAUUGACCGCUACAAAACUCCUAGAAUGCCUUGGAGAGAUAUUGGUGCAGUAGUACAUGGCAAGGCAGCUCGUGACCUAGCUCGACAUUUUAUUCAGCGCUGGAACUUUACCAAGAUUUUUAAGAAUAAAUACAAAGAUACAUUUUACCCAUGCUUGCUACCCAAGUCUCUCACAACUGCCUCAGAGUUACCUUUCAAAGUGUCUGGAGCAACAUCUGCACAUGUCCAGAUCCUCCGUUCAGUGGACCGCUGGUCAGCAGGCACAUGUGAGUCCUCUAUUGAGAAGGCUUAUGUUGAGACCAUUGAAAACAGCCAGCACUACAUAUACAUUGAGAACCAGUUCUUCAUCAGCUGUGCAGAUGGCAAAAAUGUAUACAAUGGGAUUGGAGAUGCUAUAGUGAAAAGGAUCCUGCAAGCUCACAGUGAGAACAAGACAUUCCGUGUGUUUAUUGUGGUGCCUCUGCUACCUGGGUUUGAAGGAGACAUCACCACGGGAGGUGGAAAGUCCAUGCAGGCCAUCUUGCACUUCACCUACAGAACAAUGUGCAGAGGUGACUCUUCAAUCUUGACACGCCUUAAACUACAAAUGCAGGGUCGGUGGAAGGAUUACAUUUCAUUUUGUGGGCUCCGCACACAUGCCCACCUCCAAGGGACACUAGUCUCUGAGCUCAUCUACGUUCACAGCAAGAUGCUUAUUGCUGACGACAGAAAGUUCAUUAUAGGUUCUGCUAACAUCAAUGACCGCAGCAUGCUGGGUAACAGAGACAGUGAGCUGGCAGUCAUGGUGGAGGAUUCUGAAAUGGUGGAGUCAGUAAUGGAUGGGCAGGAGUAUCAAGCAGGUCGCAUGGCACUGGCACUGAGACUGGAAUGUUUCAGAGUGCUAUUGGGCUCUGACAGUGACCCCAGCAUUGACAUUCAGGAUCCUGUGAGUGAGAUUUUCUUCCAAGAGGUAUGGCAGAAGACAGCUGCCUCCAAUGCUUCCAUCUAUGACAAGGUGUUUAGAUGUCUUCCUACCAACAGUGUUCACAAUAUCCGGACUCUGAAGGAGUAUGCCGCUAUGGACAAGAUGGCUGAAAGUGACCCUGACAAAGCCAGAAGUGAACUGGAACAAGUCAGGGGUUAUUUGGUCCAUUAUCCUCUCCACUUCUUGUGUGAGGAGAAUUUGCUGCCCCCACUGAACAGCAGAGAAGGAAUGAUCCCUGUGGAGGUUUGGACGUAGCCUAAAAGGAGGUGCACAGACUCUCUACUGGAAUCAGUGGAACAUUUUUCUAUUUGCACUUGAGUAGAAAAUCAUUGAAACUGCAGUAUUCUUAGUAUACAAUUAUCAUUUUAGAGCUUCCUUCCAGCUAGCAUUAGAUGACUUGUGAGGGUGUGUGUCCUCAUAAUAACUUCGGUGCUAUAGCAGAUAAUGGAAUACUUAUUGAUUCUUCUUCCUGGACAUUAGCUAACACUCAGAGUGCUAUAGACUUGACUUGCCACAAAUGUAUGGGUGAGUAAAUUAAAAUUCAGCCAGGCCACUUAGACACUAACUCUAGUCAGCAAUGACCAGAAGCUGCAGUAAACACGUAAAAUUAAUAUUUUCCACAA